UCCCUUUUAGCGCUGACGUUGUCCAAAGGAGGAAAAUGGCGGCGGGUGGAUCAGCACUUCGGGAUUCGAGCUGCACUAGAACACCAACACACGGGCGAAAGGGUGUCAGCAUGUCCUUAUUUCAGUCAGGAGGACUCGUGAGGAAUAUGCUGUUGUUUUUUUCGGCCGCUUUGCUGCUGCAGCAGGUUUCUGGAGACGGGAAGACUCUGGUCCUGCUGGACAGCCCGAACAUCAGAGACACCCAUUCAAUCUUCUUCCGCAGCCUAGCAGACCGUGGAUUCGAUCUCACGUUCAAGACUGCUGAUGAUCCUGGUCUCUCCCUGAUCAAGUAUGGACAGUUCCUAUAUGACCAUCUCAUCAUUUUCGCCCCAUCUGUUGAAGAUUUUGGAGGAAACAUCAAUCUGGAGACCAUCACAGCCUUCAUUGAUGGUGGGGGCAAUGUUCUGGUUGCAGCCAACUCGGAUAUUGGUGACCCAAUACGCGAGCUGGGGAGUGAAUGUGGCAUUGAGUUUGAUGAGGAGAAAACUGCUGUCAUUGACCAUCAUAACUAUGAUAUCUCUGAUCCAGGAGAGCACACUCUGAUUGUUGCAGAUCCAGAAAACCUCCUUAAGGCUCCUACUAUUGUUGGCAAGCCGACUGAGAACCCCAUCCUCUUCAAAGGUGUCGGAAUGGUGGCUGAUCCUGAUAACCCUCUUGUCCUGGACAUCCUCACAGGCUCCUCCACAUCUUAUUCCUACUUCCCUGACCGUGCUGUUACACAAUACCCUCAUGCAGUUGGCAAGAACACGCUCCUGAUUGCUGGGCUGCAGGCAAGAAACAACGCUCGUGUGGUCUUCAGCGGAUCCUUGCAUUUCUUCAGCGAUGCCUUCUUCAACUCCCCUGUGCAGAAAGCCACACCUGGAUCCCAGAGAUACUCCCAGACAGGUAAUCAGGAGCUGGCUGAGGCUCUCUCGCGCUGGGUGUUUAAGGAGGCGGGUGUCCUCAGGGUUGGAGCAGUAAGUCAUCAUAAAGUGGGCGAACGUGCGCCACCUGCAGCUUAUACCAUCACUGACCUGGUGGAAUACAGCAUUGUAGUCGAGAUGCUGUCCGAGGGCCGUUGGGUGCCAUUUGACGGAGACGACAUUCAGCUGGAGUUUGUGCGGAUCGACCCCUUCGUCAGGACCUACCUCAAGAAAAAUGGUGGCAAAUACAGCGUCCAGUUUAAGCUGCCAGACGUGUAUGGAGUGUUUCAAUUCAAAGUCGAUUACAACAGACUGGGCUACACACAUCUGUACUCCUCCACACAGGUUUCUGUGCGGCCACUGCAGCACACCCAGUAUGAGCGCUAUAUUCCCUCUGCUUACCCAUACUACGCCAGUGUGUUCUCCAUGAUGGGUGGCCUUUUCGUCUUCAGCAUCGUCUUCCUCCACAUGAAAGAGAAAGAGAAGUCAGAUUAAGUGGAAUGGGUGUUAAAGUUUAAGAAUGAAAUUAGAUUGGGUUGAACCAGUCCUGUUGCGCAGGUCAGUGGUUGGGAGCUGAACUGUGCUGGUGUAGGGAUUUUUUCCAUGAGUCUGCCGUGCCACUACAACUUUACACAGCAAUUUUUUUUUUUUUUUUUUGGUCCACAACCUGAGUUUAAAGGCUUUUUUUUUAUACAAGUUGAUUCUUUUCUGUAAAAAACUCUUCAGGCUGAUUUGUCACUUUAUUUAAAUAAAAAAAAAAAAAGAGGCCCCACAAUGUAAACUUAAAUGCAGUUUUGAUAACAACAUGCACUGAUGAUUUAGGUUUAAAUUUGUAUUGAAAGAUGUUAAAAUUGUGUAAAACUACCAAGGUUUAUUAAAGUGGUCCAUCAUCUUUCCACU